CCUGCAUCCUCCCACCCUGCUCUGCUGCAUCAGCACCAGCCUCUUUCCAUCCUUUGAGCAUCUUUCUCCUCCCAGCUUGGCUGAGCAGGGAAGCUCAGUUUAUCCAUUACUGCAAUUGCCAGUAACCUCCCUCUUCCCCCCCCUUCCACGCCAGCCUUCUCCUCCACCACCCCAAAGAAGAGGGGGGGUCCUCGCCAGCCACCGUGCCUGUCUGCUGUGCCAGAGGGAAGGUGGGGGAGAAAGCCCACUGAGAACUCGCAACCUCACGAGGAAGCGCAAUGAAGGAUCGCACCCAGGAGUUGAGAAGUGCCAAAGACAGCGACGAUGAAGAAGAGGUGGUGCACGUGGACCGAGACCAUUUCAUGGAUGAAUUCUUCGAGCAGGUGGAGGAGAUCCGCGGCUGCAUUGAGAAGCUCUCGGAGGAUGUGGAGCUGGUGAAGAAGCAGCACAGCGCCAUCUUGGCUGCCCCCAACCCGGAUGAGAAGACUAAGCAGGAGCUGGAGGACCUCACAGCUGACAUCAAGAAGACUGCCAACAAGGUGCGCUCCAAAUUGAAAGCGAUUGAGCAGGGGAUCGAGCAGGAAGAGGUGCAGAACCGAUCCUCGGCGGAUCUGCGGAUCCGGAAAACACAGCACUCAACCCUCUCCCGCAAGUUUGUGGAGGUGAUGACGGAAUACAACACAACCCAGUCCAAAUAUCGAGACCGAUGCAAGGACCGUAUCCAGAGGCAGCUGGAGAUAACUGGCAGGACAACAACCAACGAGGAGUUAGAAGACAUGCUGGAGAGCGGGAAGCUGGCAAUUUUUACCGAUGACAUCAAAAUGGACUCACAGAUGACGAAGCAGGCCCUGAACGAGAUUGAAACCCGGCACAACGAGAUCAUCAAACUGGAAACCAGCAUCCGGGAGCUGCAUGACAUGUUUGUGGACAUGGCUAUGCUGGUGGAGAGCCAGGGCGAGAUGAUUGACCGCAUUGAAUACAAUGUUGAACACUCUGUGGAUUACGUGGAAAGAGCCGUCUCUGACACCAAGAAAGCUGUAAAAUACCAGAGCAAGGCUCGGAGGAAGAAAAUUAUGAUUAUAAUUUGUUGUGUGGUUCUUGGUAUAGUACUGGCCUCUUCCAUUGGGGGCACGCUUGGGUUGUAAAUUAAAGCAAAAUAAUAAUAAUAAUAUAAUAAUAAUAAUUUAAAAAUUGUACAUGCAGUGGAUAUAACAGCACAUGUUCCAGCUACCUAUAGAUAAAACAACUUUAUCGGGUCAGCAAAUCUAAGUUUGUUGUUCAGCAUCAUCUCUUCAUCCAUUUUUACUCAUUUGCUGGAUGCCCGGGUUCCGCCCAGAAUGUCCCGAUAUUCUGGGCCUCAACCGGGUGUCUCGUAGCCACACCUCCCCUUCCCACUGCACCAUGGUCCAAAAUGUGUAAUUCCUGCCCACCCUACAGAUUUCCCCCCUUCCAUAUCAACGGUUAACCCUGUGGGAAGAAACGGUUCAUGGUAUUCUUUUCCGGCUUCGCACGGGAGAGGACCUCGCCAUGAAUCGAGCAGUCGUCUCUGACAGGCCGUGCUUUAACCUCCUCGGACGUUAGCGUACCAGGAAGAGCGAAAUGCUUCGGUAUUCAUGCUAGAGUAUUAGGCGCUAGCCAGGGCCGCAGUCUAGCACACAGUAAUUUUG